GUUUACUUCUGCCAUCAAUUUGGAAAGUCAGAUUUAUAGAUUCAAUGGAAGAAUAAAGCACUAGAAAACAAAACAAAAUUUAAAAACGUUUAUGAACGAGAAACCAAAACGUUUUAUAAAAUAAAUUGUAUUUGCCGAAUACCACAAUGGAAACUAUUUUAGAACAGCAACGUCGUUAUCACGAAGAACGGGAACGUCUUAUCAAACUGAUGGUAGACGAAUAUGCGAAUAGAAAACCGGGUGAAAAAGAAAAAAUUUACUCGGAACAUCGUUUAAAGUAUUUGCUGGAUCUUCAUCACAACGCGACACACAAGCUAAAGGAACUCUACGAAGACAAGGACAAUGAGCGCAAGGCCGAAGUGCAAGCCUUGUCGGGUCCAAAUGAAUUCAACGAAUUCUAUGCCCGACUAAAGCAGAUCAAGGAAUUUUACAAGAAGCAUCCCAACGAGAUAAGUGUUCCACUCUCAAUUGAGUUCGAUGAACUCACAAAGUCCUACAGCAACAACGACGAAAUGAGCGGUCUGGUUGAGUUCACUGACGAGGAGGGUGGCGGCCGUUAUCUAGAUCUUAACGAAUGCUAUGAAACAUAUUUAAACAUACGCGGCAUUGAAAAGGUCGACUACAUCACCUACCUGAUGACAUUCGAUCACGUCUUCGACAUCCCUAAAGAGCGCAAGAACAUGGAAUACAAAAAGUACUUGGAAAGCUUGAACGAUUACUUGUACGGUUAUAUUGUGCGUAUCAAGCCAUUAUUGGACAUCGAUGCAGAGCUCGCAAAGUUGGAUGCUGACUUUCAGAAACAAUGGGCUAAUGGAACUUUUCCAGGUUGGCCAAAAGAAACGGAAUCGGUAUUGGCAAACACUGGUGCUCAUUUAGACCUGUCUGCCUUCUCCAGUUGGGAGGAGCUUGCUUCUUUGGGUCUUGAUCGUUUGAAGUCAGCUCUGAUGGCUCUCGAUUUAAAGUGUGGAGGCACCCUAGAGGAACGGGCGCAGAGGUUAUUUUCGACCAAAGGCAAGACACAUCUUGAUUCAUCGCUCAUAGCCAAGAAGACUAGCGGAAAGUUUAGUGCCCGUGAGCAAUCACGACAAAAAGAAAUUGCCCUGCUGGAAGCUAUGCUGUACCGUUGUGUUGAGUUUGUAUCAGAGCAGCGAAGCGCCACCAAGGAGAAUGUUCAACGGAAGCAAGCACGUACGGGAGGUGAGAGAGACGAUAGUGAUGCUGAAGCAAGUGAAAGCGAGAACGACGAAGAAGAUGCCGACGACGUUCCUUACAAUCCCAAGAAUUUACCAUUGGGAUGGGACGGAAAACCAAUUCCCUAUUGGCUCUAUAAACUACACGGGCUUAACAUAAAUUACAAUUGCGAAAUUUGCGGUAACUUUACAUACAAAGGACCAAAAGCAUUCCAGAGACAUUUUGCCGAAUGGAGGCACGCUCAUGGUAUGCGAUGUUUGGGAAUACCAAAUACAGCCCAUUUUGCAAAUGUAACCCAAAUCGAGGAUGCUAUUACUUUGUGGGAGAAACUGAAAUCGCAAAAGCAAAGCGAGCGAUGGAUCGCCGACCAAGAGGAGGAAUUCGAAGAUUCUUUAGGAAACGUCGUUAACCGAAAAACUUACGAGGACUUGAAACGGCAAGGAUUGCUUUAAAGUAUAAAUGAUUUUUAAAUAAAGUACAAUUAUUUGGAAAAAUAUA